AGACCAGAACAGCACAGCUAUACCGAUAUUUCUCGAAAAAAAAAAAAAAGAAGGACGGAUCCCUCUUACCGGCGGACGGCGAUACGGCACCUCAUAGAUUAUUCCGUCCGUUCCAACAACCUCUCCGCCUCCUCGUCCCCGUCCUCAACCUCACCGCCUCCCCGCCGCAGUAGCAGAGUCGCCCGCCGCCGCGCAUCCGCAUGGCAGCAUUAUCAGGGAAGAUCAUUCAAAAUGCAUUCUUGGCACAACAUCGCCCACAGGCUAGACACAGCACAAGAUAUCCCAGUGACUUUUGUGCCCUCGAUACCCGCAGCGUGCAUUCUUUCCAGGAAUGUAGACUAAGACUGGCUGGUACUUCAGCCAAGUGGUUAAAUACAAUAUCAACAGCAUGGAUUAGCUCCAGCAAACAAGCAUAUAUUAGCUGCAAUGCUGCUCAAGGUAGCAGCGUUGUCCCAUCCUCUGCGAAAGUUGACUUUUUAAAGCUCCAGAAUGGCAGUGAUAUUCGUGGUGUUGCUGUUGGUGGGGUCGAAGGCGAGCCCGUAAAUCUCACUGAGCCUGUUACUGAAGCAAUAGCUUCUGCAUUUGCUGCAUGGUUAUUAAACAAGAAGAAAGCGGAUGGAUGGAGACGUUUAAGAAUUUCUGUUGGACAUGAUUCUCGAAUUUCUGCACAUAAAUUGCAGGAUGCAGUUACUCUUGGAAUUACCACUGCAGGGCAUGAUGUUUUACAAUUUGGAUUGGCUUCAACACCAGCAAUGUUCAACAGUACACUUACAGAAGAUGAGAUAAAUCAUUGCCCAGUUGAUGGAGCCAUAAUGAUAACAGCAAGUCAUCUUCCAUACAACCGGAAUGGUCUCAAAUUUUUUACAAGUGCCGGUGGUUUGAAUAAGGCUGAUAUCAAAGAUAUCUUGGAGCGCGCUUCUAGAAUAUAUGAGGACUCUUCUCAUGGUAGCACACAAGAAUUAGAGCAAGCUUCGAAGGGAGAAGUGAGUAAUGUCGAUUACAUGUCAAUUUAUGCAUCCGAUCUUGUGAAAGCAGUUCGUAAAUCUGCUGGAAACAAAGAAAAACCACUGGAGGGACUGCACAUAGUCGUGGAUGCAGGGAAUGGAGCAGGUGGCUUUUUUGUGGAUAAGGUACUCAAGCCGUUAGGCGCUAUUACUACUGGGAGCCAAUUCCUAGAGCCUGAUGGCAUGUUUCCAAAUCACAUUCCAAAUCCUGAGGACAAAACUGCAAUGAAAGCCAUUACACAAGCUGUGGCCGAUAACAAGGCAGACUUGGGCAUCAUAUUUGAUACUGAUGUUGACAGGUCUGCUGCUGUUGAUUCAAGUGGUCGUGAGUUAAACCGUAACAGAUUGAUUGCUUUGAUGUCUGCCAUAGUUCUUGAAGAGCACCCAGGCACUACAAUUGUGACAGAUAGCGUGACUUCUGAUGGGCUGACUACAUUUAUUGAAAAUAAACUUGGAGGGAAGCAUCAUCGUUUCAAGCGAGGGUACAAGAAUGUAAUAGAUGAGGCUAUUCGUCUGAAUACUAUUGGUGAGGAGUCACAUUUAGCUAUGGAAACAAGUGGCCAUGGAGCACUGAAAGAGAAUCACUGGCUCGAUGAUGGUGCAUAUCUUAUGGUUAAACUUUUGAAUAAGCUUGCUGCAGCUAGAAUAUUGAAUCCAAACGUUGGUAGUAAAGUUUUGACUGAUUUGGUCGAGGGCCUUGAGGAGGCUUCUGUGACAGUGGAGAUAAGAUUGAAGAUUGAUCAGAAUCAUGCAGAUUUGAAAGGGGGGUCCUUCCGUGAUUACGGAGAAGCUGUCUUGAAACAUUUGGAGAAUGCAAUCAGUAAAGAUGAAUAUCUGUGCAAAGCACCGAAGAACUAUGAAGGCGUAAGAGUUUCAGGAUAUGGUGGCUGGUUCUUAUUGCGGUUAUCCCUCCAUGACCCAGUUCUUCCCCUUAACAUCGAGGCGCCGAGCAAGGAUGAUGCCAUUAAGCUUGGGCUUGCAGUGCUUACUGCCGUAAGUGAAUUUCCAGCAUUGGACAUAACGGCAUUGAACAAGUUUUUGCAGCAGUGAUGGAAGUAUUGCGGCGGCGACGAUAAUCUGCAGCCAUCACAUGCCUUUGUUGAGCUGGGAUGAGAGAAACGCACCACAGUACUAUACAUAGACGUACUUGCAUUCAGGCUUACACAUAAUAUUACAUGGUUUUGACUUUUCGGCUUUACUUGGUCUUUGUUUGGUAUGGAAAUGUCAAACAAGGAAGACUAAUUUUCGUGUUUUAAAGAAAAUAUACAAAGUAGUUGUCAGGAAUCUUAUAUACCAUCGUCAAUGUGUUUUCGGAUUGCUUAUAUCGUCAUCAGAGUGCUGUGAAGGCAGUCGGUUUUCGGAACGAUGUUAUCAUCAAAUGAAAAUAUUUCAUGUUUCUGUUGUCUUGCU